CCAUUGUGUAUGAAUGUCCAUCGUACCUACCGUACCCACACAGGACACAGCACCCACAGGGCUACACGCCAUGAUGCACUGCGCACGCCUCAAUGGGCACGGCUGACGAUUUCUCCAUCUGGUCGACCAGCGCACCAAUGUCAACGCUCACACCUGCGCCUCAACAAACACACUCCAUCCAUCCAGCCAUGUCUCUCCCUCUCCCUCUCCCUCUCUGUUGUGUCUCUUGCCAACCCGUGAUCCACUUCUCCAGUGUCUUGUCUGCGGUCCUCCUUGGCACGCCUCAACGAAUCAACCAAUCCAAUCAAAUCAACCAAGAAUGGAAAAGCAUACACACACGUGCAGUCCCUGCCGUGUUUGUUGCACGAUAAGUGCGUAUACCUUACCUGAGUGUCUGCAGCAGUUCCUGUCUGUGGGCGAGAUACGCACGCAGAGGGGCGUUGCGGUCGCCACACGGCUGCGGCUGGAGCUGUGGCUAUGCCCACUCACACACACACACAGAGAGAGAGAGAGAGAGAGACGAGCUUGGAUACACGCAUAGGGAGGGGUGUGUGUCCACUGACCUGUGUGUGGGUCGCUGCCGGCUCCUCACGCGUCUCCUCUGUCUCUGUCUGCACCUCCUUGUUCACAGCUGCAUGGACGGUGUACACACACACACGCAGCGACAUAUGUCUCGCCCCCCCACACCCCCCGCAAUCCAUCCCACCUAUGGGCUCGUUCUCGUCGUUGUCCUGCACGCACACAGCACACAGCAGAACACAGCACAAGACACAGUAAGCGUCUGUGAGCAUGGAAUGGCAUUCUUACCUCUGCUGCGGUUGGCAUAACGGCAACAGUGAAGGGCCCGGGCUCCAUCUGAGACAGAGGACAUGCAUACCCAGGCACAGACAUGACACACUCACCAGCUGGGAGUGUGUGUGCUCUGGUUUCUCCACCCACCCCAGCCAGCCCGCCCGCCUUUCUCUCACUCACGUGUGCUUUCAUGAGGAGCUCGUCCAUCCUGUCCUUAACGGCGGCGGAGAAACGACGCGUGCCGCUCCUCUGGGCUGCAGGCAGGUGAGGUGCAGGUGUAUGGGAAAAUGCGGCUCGUUCGUCGAUCCCAUCCAUGCAUCCAUCCAUCCAUCGCCUUAUGCGUACGUACGUAUUUGGAGCAGCAUGUUGCUUGGGUGAUCUCGGUCGUCCUCGUGAUCUGCACGGAUGCAUUUGUAUGUGUGUAUGUGUGUGUGCUGCAUACCCCACGCACCCACCCACGCACCUUCAGAUUCGCUGUGUUGAUCUUCUUCACUCUCGGUGUCCUGCCUCUUGAUGUCCUCCAACAGAGCUGCCAGCUGCACCGCACCGUACCGUGCGCAUGCCAGCCAGCCACACGAAUGCACCAUGCGUCCACACGACCCCACUUGUGUGCCUUUCUUGCCUUCUUGACGCGUGUUGAUUCGGGGUUGCCCCAGCUGAGCCUUUCCGCAGACUCAUCAGACAGCGGCGACUCCAACAAGGGCCCUGCACUGCACGAGCAGCCAGCCGCACAUCAUCUUAGUGUGUUCGCCCUUACGCUUGUGCGUCGGGGCUCUCAAGUGGGGGUGCUAGAAUUGACCAUUCCUCUCCGUGUCUGCACACACACGCACGCACGCGCGCGUACACACACAUGAUGCAUACGCUAUGCGACGUACUGCCCGUCUUGAGGGUGUGAGUGGUGUGCCGACAGCUCAGGCAGCCGCGCACGCAAGGCGGCGACCUCCAGGUCCUUGGCGACCUUUUCCUUGACGAGUCGCUCAUUCAUCUCCUCCAUCAGGCGCAGACCCUCAGCCACAUCCUCAAACACAUCCUCAAGCUCCGCCUGCAUAACCAUGGUGGAAGCCAACCACACCACACACGUACUCUACUCUAUGCGCGUCCGUGUCCGUGUGCACCCCUCCCUCCCUGUGUUCGCACCUUACCUUGCUGCCGGCUUUGCCGAAGCUCUCUCUCAGCUUGCUGAGGAGGCUCUUUCGCUCCUGUGUGCCCCCCUCACCCUCCCCCUCCCCGUCCCCGUGGAUGGUGAUCUGGGGGAUCUGGAGCAGCUCGAGGGAAGGACGGCUGCUGGUGGGGGGCCCAUCCUCGUCAGCUUCUUCUCGUUCGAAGAAGAUACACCUACUUAGACCAUGGGUGUCCGUUCCCUCUGCCUCUAUCUCUCCAUCUCCUCCUUCGUCCAUCACUCCCUGUGCCUUCGUGGCUGUGGGGCCUUCCACACGCCUACAGAACGAUCAAACGUCGCGAGGGGCGCUUCGGUUCAGCACGGGUAGAGCUUCACAAGCGGUGGG